CGCGUUGUUACGCUCACAUAAUGUUUAUAAAGAGGUUACGUUCGGUACCCACGAUCUAGCAGUCUAGCAUCUAACGUUACCUGGUACGUGCUUAACUGUCUUUUUUUAUUUCGUGGCCUUCCUUUCAGUAUUUAAUAGAACAUUAUAAUCAACGUCUGAGUAAAAUUACCGAAAUAAAAACAAACAACAAUUGCACGUAUUUCACACACGUGCACCUGAAAUCCAGGAUAAUGUCAAACCUGCUAGUUUUUGACCGCUCUGUGCUUUUUUAUGACGCUACGUGGGAAUGGGGAGAUACUUCUCUUGCUAUCAAGACAUCUCUGGCUCCACAUGAGUGCCUGUCUGAAUGACAACUUAACCAACGCAGCUAGCAGGUACACCGUGACUUAUUCAGCAGCUAACUUACGACAUAAACAAGGGAGAUAAUGUUAGCUACUAAGUAGCGCUGAAAGUAGCUGAAAAGGGCAUACGGUUGCUAAGGUAACGUUAGAGCUUAAGCUAAUGCGACAGGUAGCUGCUUUAGCCUUUGGUUGUGUAAGUUAGCUAACGUUAGGCAUGCAAUCCCUCAGGAAACCCUUAUUUACCAUUCCUCAACACUGGACUCCUCUCAGGUGUAUCCAACCCAGACAUUGUUCUAAAUUAGCUAACACUAGUGUGACUCCAAGAGAGAGGAAGACAACUGUAAACAAGUUCAAGAGUCAGAUAUCCUCUGGUCCAAGUUUUCAGGAUUUCAUCAAAGGAGUCUCAGUUAAUAAGCCGUGUGCUGCAGAUGAAGAACACUAUGACAAACAUAGUUAUCUUUCUCAGGACUUGGAGAUGGGGAAUUCCAGGAAAGUGUAUUUUGAAACCUAUGGAUGUCAAAUGAAUGUAAACGACACAGAGAUAGCCUGGUCCAUACUGCAAAGGAAGGGAUAUCAACGCACAGCUGACUUAAGCGAGGCUGACGUUGUCCUUCUGGUAACAUGCUCCAUAAGAGAAAAAGCUGAACAAACUAUUUGGAAUAGACUACAACAACUAACGGCUAUGAAGAAGAGACGGUUAAAGACCCACACACCAAUGAAAAUUGGGAUUUUAGGAUGCAUGGCAGAAAGGCUAAAGACAGAGCUUUUGGAGCGGGAGAAGCUUGUAGACGUUCUUGCUGGUCCAGACGCCUACCGGGACCUCCCCCGCCUCUUGACUGUAGCUGACGGAGGUCAUCAGGCAAGCAACGUGCUGCUGUCGUUAGAGGAGACCUACGCUGACAUCAUGCCUGUACACCACGCUCCUCAUGGAUACAGUGCUUUUGUGUCCAUCAUGCGAGGCUGUGACAAUAUGUGUAGUUACUGCAUUGUUCCCUUCACCCGAGGCAAAGAGAGGAGUCGACCUGUCAGCUCCAUACUCGACGAAGUUCGUAUGCUCUCUGAUCAGGGUGUAAAGGAGGUGACUUUGCUGGGUCAGAACGUCAACAGCUACCGAGACACGUCAGAAGAACAGUUCUGUGGCUCCGACGUGACCAAGCUCAGCCAGGGGUUUAAGACCGUCUACAGGAGCAAACAGGGAGGUCUGCGCUUCUCCGACCUGCUGGACCGAGUGUCACGCAUCGAUCCUGACAUGAGGAUCCGAUUCACCUCCCCUCAUCCCAAGGAUUUUCCUGAUGAGGUUUUGCAUCUGAUUGCGGAGCGAGGGAACAUUUGUAAGCAGAUCCACCUUCCAGCCCAAAGUGGCAGCAACAAGGUCCUCGAAGCAAUGCGCCGUGGCUACACGAGAGAGGCCUAUCUGGAUCUUGUGGAGAACAUCAGGAGCAUUAUCCCAGAGGUGAGUCUCAGCAGUGACUUCAUCUCAGGCUUCUGUGGUGAAACGGAGGACGACCAGCAGCAGACUCUGUCUCUGAUCAGACAGGUGGGCUACAAUGUGGGAUUCCUCUUCGCCUACAGUAUGAGAAAGAAAACCCACGCCUUCCAUCGGCUACAAGAUGAUGUGCCAGCUGAGGUGAAGCAGCAGAGGCUGGAGGAGUGUAUCCGUGUAUUCAGAGAGGAAGCUGCACGGGUCAACGCUGCUCUCAUCGGCAGCACACAGCUUGUCCUGGUGGAGGGAGAAAGUAAAAGAUCUGCCAAAGACUUGUGUGGGAGAACCGAUGGCAAUAUGAAAGUCAUUUUCCCCAAAGAAGAUGUUGCUGUUCAUCCUCUAGAAUCCAACACUGCAUCAAUCAAUGCUGGCGACUACCUGCUGGUGAAGAUAUUGUCGGCCAACUCCCAGAGCCUGAGAGGCCGAGCCCUUAGUCACAGCUCCCUGAGAGGGACAGCGCAGCACUCCGAGACUCUGCCAAGGCACCAGCUUGGUGAACAUGUGGCCUCAGACACAACCAUGAUUGAAAGAUGCUCUUGAUUGACACAGUUUCCAUGCAGGUGGAGGAAGGCGUUACCAAUGGACAGUCUGACACCAGUCCCUGCCACCAAAUCCAGUGCCGACUUCGGUAAUCCCACAUCCACGAUUUGCAGACUGGAAGAGACAACAUGCAUGUUUGUAAAGGCACCUGAGAUCCCAGUUUGCUAAUUAAUUGUGUUCGAUAAAAACUGGUGCAUUACUUCGACAGGCUGUACUGGACCUUGCCAAUGGGAGACACCUUCUGUGACCCUGAUAUAUCUGGGACUUUGAUGGUUUUAAGUUUCUGCUGGAUCGAAGCCAUCCCCAGUUGUCUGCCUAACAUAAUGCAAGAACAUUUGAUGAUGAAACUCUGGAGAGAUCGGUGCUUUUCCAAAUGAAAGGGUACUGAUGUGCUGCACACUUACCAUAUUCCAGGCCUUUUUCUGUAAGCCUGACCUCUACCCCAGGAUUGGUGCCUAAAGUCAUAGGUAUUAACGCCACGAGAGGCAGCCAACAGCACAGGAACAUCUUGACUGUUAGGAGAUAAAAAGGACAAAAUCAUCAGCAAAACUCUUGAUUUGUUUUAUGGAUAUGAGACCAUAAACCAAGCAACAUUUCUGCUUUUGUGUGGGGAAGCAAAAAGCUUCCUCUUUUAGAGCUGGGCUUUUGUUUUUUAUUGUUGGUUCCUUAUUUACUGAUAUAUCUCAUUCAUAGAACACAAUUCUAAUCUUACAUUGCUUAUGUCAGUGGUUUCUUCAUAAAGCACAGCCCCUUCUUUUUGAAAUAACUCAGCAUUUUCUUACUCAUGAUCAAGACAAUAUAAAAUAUAAAAUUAGGGAAAUUUGUGUUUGGAAGAUUUUUUCUCUGUGGUUAGAAUGCUUUUUGGCAAUAAAUCUUAUACCGUGGGAAAGCCUGUUUAGUUCACUUUCAAAUGGUGCCCCAAUUGUAAGGAAAAUGUAUUUGUUGGAUGAGCAGCAACGCUCAGCAUGUGGGUUGCACCCAUGAAAAAAUUGCCAAAACUCAUCUGCCAAUGCUAAACAGCUUAUUCUGCCGUUGACUCAUUUGGUGGAUUGCAGGAUUGAAGUUUGAAGAAAUAAGACAUAUUGGCAAAGUAACAAUUUAUUAAUUUCACAAACAGGAGCCUCAGUAGCGUGUGGUAGAACCAUACACAGCCACAACAGCCCGUCACCUCCUCCUCGUGCUGGUCACCAGCCUGGUCACACACGGCUGUGGGAUGGCGUCCCGAGCUCAAAACAAGUGGCAAUAGCAACAGCAACAGCAACAUCAACAGCAACAUUUGGCAAUGGCAGAGAAGUUUUGGCAUAUUUCUCAUGCUGCUCAUCCAACGAAUGCAUGUUCCUUACAACUGGGGCACCAUUUGAAAGGGAACUAAACCGGAUUUCCAACGGUAUAAGAUUUAUUGCCAAAAAGCAUUCUAACCACAGAGAAAUAAUCUACCAAACACAAAUGUCCUUACUUGUGCUAAGUUUACUUUGCAUGUAUAGUUCUUUUUUUCCAAAUAAUGUUAAAAUGUAAAGGAAAAAGUGAGGUCCAUUUUGUGGAAGAAUCUUUACUUCAAGUAGAUAGAAUUUAGAUAGACCAAUAUAUUAAAGUAAAAAUACUUCAUCACAACGCUCAAUACUCAAAUUGGUCCCGUGACUAACAAACACGAUAACCAUUUAUUAACAUCUGAAGUGUGACAAGGGGCUUAUAGUCACAAGCCAUAUAGUUUGGAAACCACUGAUUUAACUUUAAAAAAAAGUAUUAUAUUUAAUAAGAUUACCACGUUUUUAAAUAUUUAAAUCCUAAUCUGAAAAUUGACUCCACUGCAAAUAAGUUUCAUGUAUUAAAAAGUUUAAUAUUUAUUUUUUUUCAGUAGAAGAAGUAUACAUUAACAAACAAAAAGGAAAAAUCAAGUAAAGCUCAAACUAAAGGUACUUUCCACCACAGCCUCGGGUUGGAGAGGCCUGUGAAAGAGCUGGCUCUGAGUGCUGUAGAGGAAACCACGUGACCCUCAGUAAGUCAGCUGGGAAGCCAGACUUUAUUAAAUUAGGCUGAGAUUAAAGGCCCAGUCCGCCCUUUUUGUUCAUUUAGAGUCGGGAUAUUUGAAUAAGUGUGGAAAGAUUUUACAGAUGUAAUAUUCACUUUUUGGAACAAUCUAGUCAUUGCAUUUCAAGACACAAUUGCAAUAUUUCAGUAUCCGCUAAUGAUAUGGCUUGAACAUGCUGUUUUUUUUAAGGAAGAAAAAACUAUUUUAACAAUAGUGUGUCCUUUUUGUGCCUGUUAUGUUGCUUAAACUUUAGUAUAUUGCAUGUUCAAAUUAACCGAUUUCAGGCUCAUGUUCGUGAUCAGACUGUGGUAGAUAUCUACCACAGUCUGAUAGAUAUCUACAUAUCUAUCAUUCUAUCAUAGACUGAACUGACAGAAUGUGAAACAUGUCACUACCAGGGGAAGUUUCCAUGUAGGUCAGAAGAGUAUAAGGAGAAGGUGUGCUUUCAUAAAAAAAAAAAACUGUAAACAUGAUCUAAAAGAGCUGUUUUUCAAAGAGAAACCAUGAUUUACUACUGGAAAUC